AUGACGACGGUAGAGGACGCGGUGGACGCGCGUGGAUGCGAGGAGUUGCACGUGUUUGAUUUCGAUGGCACACUCGUGGACACGCCGACGCCGACGGAUGGGAUGGAGGAGUUCGAGAGGCGAACCGGGACGCGGUGGCCGCACGUAGGAUGGUGGGGACGCGCCGAGUCGCUGGAACCGCCGCUCACCAUGGGGGUCGGACCGGCGCUCGAGGAAUAUCGAGAGAGCGUGAUGCGCGAGGACGUGGUACGCGUGAUGAUGACGGGUCGAAGGAGUAAGCUGAAGGAUUCUGUCGAGGCGGUGAUGCGAGUGUUUGACAUCGAGUGUCACGAGCACAUUUUCAACGGCACAGGACACAGCACGCUCGUGUACAAACAGAAUGAGCUACGAAGGCUCGUGAAGAAGUAUAAACCUAAGAGAGUGAGAAUAUGGGAAGACCGCGUUUCACACGCGCGUGAGUUUGGCGACAUGGAGGAUGAGUUCAAACGCGAACACGGCGUCGUCGAGUGGACGUGCACGCUGGUGGAGCCAAGCAAUGAUUUUUGA